AUGGCGGCCACCACCCAUAUCAUCAUCAUUGCCAUCCUUGCACUCUCCAUUUCAGUUUCUGCUAAGGAAUUCAUUGUCGGAGAUGAUGCCGGUUGGACCGUAAACUUUGAUUACCAAGAUUGGGCCAACGGAAAGGAGUUUGUGGUCGGAGACAAACUAGUUUUCAAAUAUCCUGUGGGAAAUCACAACGUUUUCAAAGUAAAUGGAACUGCAUUCAAAGCGUGCAUGAAGCCACCUCCCAGUGAAGCUAUGACUACCGGAAAUGAUGUGAUCACCCUAGCCACUCCCGGGAAGAAAUGGUACAUUUGUGGCGUUGGCAUGCAUUGUGCGUAUGGCGAACAAAAACUAGCCAUUACUGUGCAACCUCAACAGAAUUUAGCUCCCGCGCCAUCUUUUCCUUUCCCAAUUGGUGCAAUUUCAUCUCCAGUGCCGGCCCCAAUGCCAGCCGUAUGGUACCCUGCCCGCAAAAUAGCUGCAAUUAGAAACUAA